AUGGUGGCUGUUCUUCAAACCAGAGGGCUUCUCUCCCUCCCUGCAAACCCUAAAACAAGGGUUUUGCUUCAACAACCCAAUGGCCUAAAGCAUAGAUUUUUAUCUCUUAAACCCAAAACCCUUGGUGGUUCUUCUCUUACAUCAAAUGGGUUUUCAAAGCUUAAUUCUUUUUCACCAAAAGUUAAUGGCUUUGGCCAAAACGAGAGGAAUUUGUUCAUCUGUAAAGCAGAGGCGGCUGCUGCGUCUGAUGGACAACAACCAGUUUUUGGGGAGGCUGAGGUUGAGAAAAAACCUAAAAUUCUGGGGAUUGAGGUUGAUACUAUGAAAAAGAUUUUACCUCUAGGGUUGAUGUUCUUUUGCAUCCUUUUUAAUUAUACAAUUUUGAGGGAUACGAAGGAUGUGUUGGUUGUUACCGCUAAAGGGAGUAGUGCUGAGAUUAUUCCGUUUUUGAAAACAUGGGUGAAUCUUCCUAUGGCUAUUGGGUUUAUGUUGUUGUAUACAAAGUUGUCUAAUGUUUUGUCAAAACAGGCACUUUUUUACACUGUGAUUCUCCCUUUUAUUGCUUUCUUUGGGGCUUUUGGUUUUGUUUUGUAUCCUCUUAGCAAUUAUAUUCAUCCUGAGGCUUUUGCAGACAAGCUUCUUAGUGUUCUUGGUCCUAGGUUCCUUGGUCCUCUUGCAAUUAUCAGAAUUUGGAGUUUCUGUUUGUUCUAUGUUAUGGCUGAAUUGUGGGGGAGUGUGGUUGUUUCUGUGCUAUUCUGGGGUUUUGCUAAUCAGAUAACUACUGUUGAUGAAGCAAAACGAUUCUACCCACUGUUUGGACUUGGGGCCAAUGUAGCUCUCAUAUUCUCUGGUCGUACCGUGAAGUACUUUUCUAACAUGAGGAAGAAUUUAGGUCCUGGUGUUGAUGGUUGGGCCAUCUCUCUGAAGGGAAUGAUGAGUAUAGUCGUGCUUAUGGGAUUCGCAAUCUGUGGCCUGUACUGGUGGACGAAUAAUUUCGUUCCUCUUCCAGAACGUAGCGUGAAGAAGAAGAAGAAGCCCAAAAUGGGAACAAUGGAGAGCUUGAAAUUCUUGGUGUCUUCAAGAUACAUCAGAGACCUUGCCACUUUAGUGGUUGCUUAUGGAAUCAGUAUUAAUCUUGUUGAGGUUACAUGGAAGUCUAAGCUCAAAGCCCAGUUUCCUAGCCCCAAUGAGUACUCUUCUUUCAUGGGUGACUUCUCGACUGCAACUGGAAUUGCAACAUUCAUAAUGAUGCUUCUAAGUCAAUAUAUAUUUGACAAAUAUGGUUGGGGAGUUGCUGCCAAGAUCACACCUACCGUCUUGCUUCUGACCGGAGUCGGUUUCUUCUCUCUCAUUUUGUUUGGAGGUCCAAUUGCACCCGGUCUUGCAUCGCUUGGAAUGACUCCACUGCUAGCAGCUGUUUAUGUUGGUGCCUUGCAAAACAUCUUUAGCAAGAGUGCUAAGUACAGCUUAUUCGAUCCCUGCAAAGAAAUGGCUUACAUUCCCUUGGAUGAGGAUACUAAGGUCAAAGGCAAAGCAGCCAUAGAUGUUGUUUGCAACCCAUUGGGAAAAUCCGGAGGCGCCCUAAUCCAACAAUUCAUGAUCCUAACGUUCGGAUCACUCGCCAAUUCAACUCCAUACCUCGGAGGUGUUCUUCUAGUGAUUGUUCUUGCCUGGUUAGGAGCAGCCAAGUCAUUGGAUACACAGUUUACCGCGUUGCGUAAAGAGGAAGAACUCGAGAAAGAGAUGGAAAGAGCAGCCGCUGUCAAGAUACCAGUGGUCUCUGAGAACGACGGUGGCAACGGUUCCCUUACCAGUGACUCAUCAAAUAGUCCAUCCGAAGCCUCAACUCCUCGCAACAAUUAA